UUUUAGACUCGAGUCAAUUAGCAGUCUCUCUCUCUCUGUGUUUGUGUCUCUAUAUAAACAGGCUAUGUGUGUAGAUAAGUAACUCACAAUUGUCUGUCAGUCCGUCACACUCUGUAUCACCCAAACGGGAGUGACUGGCGAUGUCUCGUCUCUGGCUGCUAUCGCUGCUGCUGCUGCUGAGCUUGCAAGCGCUGCCAUCUGAUGGUGCCAUGGAGCUGGAACCGGCGAAGUGCUCCUGCACUUGCUCGAAUGACGCCACGGUACUCAAGUCCGCCUUCACAGCCAAGCUGUCGACGCCCAGACCGGCGUCGGGAUUGCCCAUAAAGUUCGACAUGAUACUCACCAACAGCGGGAAUCACUACAAUCCGAGCACGGGCAAGUUCACGUGCGUCUACCCGGGCACCUACUACUUCGUGAUGCACGUGUGCGUGUUCUGGGAGAGCGUGUACGCGAACCUGAAGAGAAACGGGGAGGUGGUGAACAGGUACCACAGCGCUUGGGUGCAUGGCUGGCCUGGAGUGGCCGUGAGUGGUGGGUCCGUGCUAAGUCUCAAGGCGGGGGAUCAGGUCUGGUUGGAGGUGACGGGUGCCUACAACGGUAUCUUCGUGCGCAAUGAUAUAGACAGCUCCUUUUCUGGCUUUCUCCUGUCACCCGAGUGAAUCAGACUUGAGAGUGCAACAAAGGGCGUUUGCAGGUAGAAUUAUGAUACUAUAAAUCUAAAUGCAUAAUUUUCUGAAGGCGAUCAUCAUUUAUAAUCACUUUGAUUUCGGAAUAAAAAAAAACUUCAUGAAUUAACAGUUAAAUUUGAAUGAUUUAAAAAAGGCUUCACGCUUUUCUGGCAUAAAAUGAAGACAUUCUAUAACAAGGCAUAAAGUCUGCAUUCACUACACAGACGUGUGGUAAAACAUUCAAACUUGCUUUAAUACUGUACGCACUAUCCUUGAAACUGAUUGGACUACACCAGAGAUAGCCUCCUUCGUGGCUUCGUUUCACCACCAGUGUUAGACCAGAGGCUGCCAAGAGGAGGACAGUACAUGGACAAUGCAAACCCUGAAAUUAUCAACAGCUCCGGUUAAGCAGUUAUAAAAAAUGGGGCCCUUUUUGCCAGUCUUAUUGAAUACCUUUCUACUGGUGUAAGGAUAAAUCUUUACUUAAAGCUUUCGUGACUGCAGGAUUUCGUAUUCUUUGGGUCUUUCGGUAAAGUCACGUAGAUAGGUAAAAAAAUGACAAAAAACUAGGACGUUUCGAUCGCAACACAAGCGAUCGUCAUCAGGUGGAGAUGAUCGCUUGUGUUGCGAUUGAAACGUCGUAGUUUUUGUAUAAAUUUUUUUACCUAUCUACGUGACUUUACCGAAAGACCCAAAGAAUAUAGUAUAAUGAUGUUAAGACAUCCUUGGAUAGCGUCUUCGUAAGACAUUGGGUUUACAUGGAUAUUAUAAACACCAUAACCGCCACGAGGGGGCAGUACUGCAUAAGGAUAGCGAGGCUGUGGCCUGCUAGAUGGUAAUUGGUUGGAAGGUUUGAAAGAGGGGGAAGCCAGGAAUACAGGUAGUCCCCGAGUUACGAUGGUCCGACUUACGAUAUUUCGAUUUUACGAUGGCGAUAGCGGUACGACAAAAUUUCCAUCAACAACCUAACAUCGUUCAAGUAUGCAGACGACGGACAGAAUCUUGGUGAGUACAGUAAUGAUAUGUUACGAUACGUUCAAUGCAUGUAUUAUACGUAGCUUUAGCGAUUUCAUUUUAAGGUUACCACGAUACGAUACGUUCAAUGCAUGUUAAAAGUCUUUUUUUUUAGCAGAUAGGAUUGUUUCCUGAAAAAAAACUUUCUAUUAAUUUGCAGUUCAUAUAGGUAGGGUAAGAAUUUACCUUGUUUUUUUACUUUACAUUUUACUGUGCAAUACAGUAUUGUAAUUAAUACAUACAUACAGUAUAUAGUUUAUACAGUACGGUACUGUAAAUUGCUCUGUUUUGCCAAAUUAUCACCAUGCUGUAAGACUCCUGGGUAGGCUAGGCCAUUUUCGACUUACGAUAUUUUCGACUUAAGAUGGGGUCGUCGUAACGCAUCUCCAUCGUAAGUAGAGGACUACCUUAUUUGAAAGAGGCAAUAAGGGGGAGGAUCCGUCGGGGACUGUUAGAAGGGCAGCAGAGAGAUUGGUUAGAAGGAAAGCAUGGGCUAGGAUUGGAGAGGGGAAUAGGGAGGAGAAAAGGGAACAGGGAGGGGGGAACGACGGGCGCUCGGGAGAGAGAAGAAAGGGAAUGGAGUUGGCUGGUGGUAGCCACUGGACGUUGUUGUUGUUAAGACAAUAAACUUCAUCCAAGAUGUGACGCCUUUGGAGGCCUUCAUUGCACUGGCAAUCAGGGUACCAAAGAGGCAUAUUUAUGCAUUUUUUUCUUGAAAGUAUUUUUCUGUAAAAGUGAGAUUCAAUAACUCCGCGCACACCGGAGCCACUAACCCCCAUAACAAAGUUGACAACUCGCUGCCGUUAAGGUUUGUGAAGUGACGAUUCUGUAAUCUGUAAAGUGUAUUCCUAAAUGUGAUUAAAGUGCACUCCUAAACUC